UAUGGCGAACAUAGAGACCACGAAAUGUCAUUAUGAAAAGAAAAAGUGCCGCAAUGGGAUAGUUAUCGGCAGUUAGAGCGACUAUGAAGUCGCCAGGAAGUUGUUUCGUUGAAAAUGAAUAUCUUAUUGUUUAAUAUAUUAAGCUAACGCGAGCAUGGACCGUGUUCGCUUGUUGCUGAGUGCGUGCGAGCAUGGUGAUAUUCCAUCCGUACAAGCAUUGCUGGAUGAGGGGCUAGAUGUGGACAGUACGGAUCCCGACGAAACGACCCCACUUCAGGUGGCAGCUGCCAAUGGACAUGAUCACAUUGUCCGCCUCCUGCUGAUGCACGGUGCAGCCCUGGACAGACGCAAUGUAUAUGGAUGGGCCCCUCUCAUGCAGGCCUCGCGUCAUGGUCAUGCCAAUGUGGCAGCCACCCUUCUACAGCAACGCCAGGCUGACAUCAAUGCCAAAAACCGCCUUGGGACAUCAUCCUUGACCCUUGCUGCUCGUGGGGGUCACCUGCAAGUGGUACGCCUAUUAGUUGAUUUUGGAAGUGACCUGAAUAUUUCAGGGAAUAGUGCCAGUGGGGAGUGUGAAUUUACUCCUCUCCUGGCAGCAGCUCAGCAUGGCCAUGAUGCAGUACUAAGGUUUAUCCUCGACCGUGGCAGCGAUGUGAACUAUCGGACACCAUCUACUGGUCAGUCAGCACUUAUGUUGGCUGCUCUCAAUGGCCACAUGAAGACUGCACAGAUCCUGGUUGAGCGAGGAUGUGACCCAAAUGUCAUGAAUGUCGAUAACAAAACUGCCCUAGAGAUUGCUACACGAAGGGGUAGGAGGGAGGUUGCCAGCUAUCUCGACAGGAAGACGAUCAACAAGCCAAAAAUUGAACCAGAAGAGGUGAAACCUGACAUUAUAGAAGCAGCUAAGCAUGGUGACAUCCUGAGGAUCCAGGCCAUACUAGACAAGGACCUCAGCCAGAUUGACGCCAGCUCCCCACAAGAUGGGGCUACGCCGCUGAUGUUUGCUGCCAUGACUGGUCAGAUCGAUGUUGCCCGCCUCCUUGUUGCCCGCGAGUGUGAUAUAAACAAACAGGACACAAUCAGUGGCUGGACUGCACUCAUGCAAGCCACGUAUCAUGGGAAAAAAUCUGUGGCAAUGUUUCUGAUUGAACAAGGAGCCGAUGUAACCAUACAGGCCAAGAAUGGAUGUACAGCAUUUGACAUGGCACUCAUCAUAGAGGAUGUGGAUACUGAGCUACUACGACUGCUGGCCUCAAAAGCUAUGUCAGUCAAUAAGGAGGACAAGGGGAAAAAAUCAUCUGCUAAGCAGAAUGGCCUGUCAAAGACCUUCACUGCCACAGACUCUGGUGUGGAUGAGCAACCCAAAAGUGGACUGAAGGCCUGGUUAAGUAGAUUGUCAAGUAGAAUUAAAAAUACGAAGCUUGGCCGUACCAUGAACUCAACAAAUCGUCUCACUCCUGUCACUGCCCUACACUCAUCAACAUCGGUACAGGACCUCACUUUGACCGUUCCCAUGAGUCCACUCGUGCCACCUAGGAAAACCAACAAUUUCAUGGACCAGUCCCAUAUCUCCACAAGCUAUGACCAGAUUCUUAUGGAGAACAAGAAGAGUGCAUCCAUGUACACACUGGAUAUAAAUCCACCCAACUCAAAUUUGACAAACGAGACUUUAAAGCCAGUCAUCCCACCUUUUCUGCCGACCCCUACAUUUGACUUAGACAUUUCCAGUCCUCGCAGUAAGCCUCUGAGUGCCCGAGGCCCUGACACCAGCUCUUCUCUACACUCCCCCAUGCGUCCAAUGAUGAAAUCGCCAAUGAUGUUCAUGCCUAACAAAACCAGCAGCAACCUGAGCUCGAGUCCUGCCAGUCCCUCCAGCUCAGGGAGGUUUGUGGCAGCCAAUCAAAACAACGGUGACUACAACGAGAAUGGUAUAUACUCUCCUACGAACAAUAAAGGACCUUUAGCUUUCUUGCCCCCACAGACGCCAUCACGCCUUUUCAUGCCACGCAAAUCAUCUGUACCAUCAGCCUUUAGGACAGCAUCCAACACAACAUCACCGAACAGUUCCACCAGUGGCAGUUCAUCUGUCACACCCCAGCGAUCACACUCUCAUGGCCGCAGCACUUCAUCCAAGGAGAGCACCACCUCAACUCUCACACCCUCACCGUCGCCCACACCAGGAAAGUUUCAAGAAGAUCCUGGACAUAUACUCAGCUCUCUGCAUGAGAAUGAAAGCAACACUAAUGAUGAACUUUCGGGUAUUUUGAAGAAAUUAUCACUGGAGAAAUACCAACCCAUUUUUGAAGAACAAGAGGUGGACAUGGAGGCAUUCCUGACCCUCAAUGAUACUGAUCUUAAUGAGCUUGGCAUCUCCCACACACAGUCACGCCAACAGAUCCUGAAAACUAUCUCUGAACUCAAGACAGGAAAGGGUAAGGAGCGCCAGCAGUUUGUUGACACGAUGACCACCUUCCAGACGACACUUAGAGUCAGACCAGCCGACCCGUCGAGUAGAAUCAAUGGGUGGUCACACCCGUCAUCAUCUGGAGACACAGACCAUUCUUGAGGGACAACCAUUGCAUUGUCCUGGCCUUCUUUGGAUAAGGACCUGACUGGAACCACACCUACUCGAGACAUUGCCGUUACAGUCCUUUGAUAAUACAGAUGUGCUAAAUCAUCAUCAUCAUGGGACAGGUUCGUCCACACAUUCAGAAAAGGGUCAUUGGCGAAUCCAUACCUAUUUGAUAGGUUGGUUGGUUGACAGGUUUUUCGCCUACAUGACUCCACCCAUGCGGGUUUCAUCUUACUGACUGAAGUUGGUGUUCUGUCGGCGUCUUAUUUGAGAGGGCAUCCACUGCUAUAUAUACCCAUGAUGUUUGAGGAUGGGACCACACCUAGUGUUGUGUUAUAAGCAUUCCAUGUGCCAAGCUGGACUGAUCACAUGACUUGUCAUGUUCUUCAUCGCAGGAGGAAUCAUGCGACUUUUGAUGGAUCAUGUGACUUGUUGAUUGAUCAUGUGACUGAUCAUUGUUGAUUUUAUUUAUUGCAGAAAUUUAUUACUUAUAACCGUUAUACAUCAAGCUGGUUCUAAUGCAAUGCGGUCCCGUCAUCAGGUGGAUCUAUUCAUCAGAAAUACUGCAAGGGAGAGGUCACAUGACAUUACAUGACAAACUCCUUCAAGAGUGGAAAUGGGGACUAUUGCCAAAGACUAAAUAGUGUACAAAUAUGAUGUGGUGUGAUGCCAUCCAUAUGUUACUCAUUCAAUAAGUAUAUCCAUUGCGGAACAACAUGAAUACAAUGACAUUUGAGAUGUACAUAUGCUGUAUAUGCCACUUUUGGGAGUGAAGGACUCUUUUAUUUUGUUCAACAUUGCGAGCCUUCAAGAAAAAUACAGAGAUUUCCAGAGGAUCGUGUAAAAAGUUACAGGCACUGUUGGAAAGCAUUUCCAGAUGUUACUCUGGAAAUGAUUUCUGGAGGUUUCAGUGACCAUUCUGAUUUUGUUGGACUGCUGAAAUCAUCCUAUUCAGCUAAUUUUGUUAAAGUAUUCUUAAAGAAACACUAUUUGUAUAUUUCAGUGUUGUACAAUGAUUUUUGGAUUAGCGAUCAAUUUAUUUGCAUGAUACAUGUAUGUUUUUCAUUUCAAUAUUAAGAAUAGCUCUGUUGUAGAAUUCAAGAGAGAACUCACCGAUGGCUGUGAUGCAGAGCCACAUAUAUGUGUUUGACUCUAUCAAAUGUAAGACUAGUGCUAUCCGGCUUUAGUGAUAUUUUGUAAACAAUUUAUAAUGAAAUAUAUCAAAAUGAUUUGUUAAACUGUAAAUAGCCUUUUGUUUUCACAAAUAAUGGUAGACAAAUAACAGUAGACUAAUGGAAUGUAAAUGAUUAUUUUGCAAAUAAUGAUAGACAAAUUGUUUGUAAAUGAUGGCUCUACAAAUAAUGGGGUUGUAAAUGAUUGUUCUACAAAUAAUUGUAGCCUGUUGGUUGUAAAUAUUUAUUAUACAUUAAUGUAAUGUGUACUGUUGGAUGCAGAUUACCAUUACUCCUUGUUAAAUAUUGACUAUUUAAUGUCAGAAGGAUGACCUAAACUUUCAGUGAGAAAAGUAAGACAGAGGUGCACAGAUGUGGAGUGAUAGAAAUAUUUGUUCUGUAUUGGCUGGUUAUUUAUAAGUACAUGCUAGUGGAAUGUGCAAUCUGCAAUGAUCCAUUCACAAAGUAUUAUAUCUCAUCAAUAUGCAUAGAUUAUGAACUAUAAAAUGUCAUAUCUCUGCUCGUAUAAUGUCUUCGUCUAUAAAAGUGGUGUAAAGAUUGCAUAGAUUUAUCAAAAUAUCUAUAUUUAACCUAUAGCUUAAGUUCAAUUAUCAUGUAUUAUAUGUUUAUGGUAUUUUAGUUUACAUUUCCAAGUUGUGUCAAAUUUCAUGUUUGUGUCAUAAUGCAAUUCUUGACAAUGGUUGACCUAUUGUACCCUCUAAGUGUUCACAAUAGCUGAUAUAUCUGUCAUAUCUGUAUUAUACAAGUUUAGAUUUGUCCGUCCAUUACGUCUCGGCAACCAUUACAAGGCAAAGAUUUUACAUAUUCUCCAAUCUAUGCACAAACGAUUAUAUAUAUAUAUUUUAUUUUAAUUAUUACAACUUUAUUAUGCAUUUUAUUGGCCCAUACAUGUUUUAUGUCUAUCCCUCAAGGUGGUAUGCCAUAGAUAGUGUAGUGUUUAUAUUUACUUGUGUUCAGCAUCAGGGUCUGGAGUGCUACAUCCUUCAAUCGUAUAACUGAUCUUAUUCAAUACUAAACAUUAGGAAAGUGAAAAUAGGUUUCAAAUUCUGUUGUUAAUAGUAGGAAAAUGAAAGUGGUAAUCGUAAUUUUGAAUACAUAUCAUACCGCAGACAUAUCUACUGCAUUACAUUCAGCAUGAUUUGGCUAUCUGUUUUAACAUGUAGGAAGAAUACAUUAAUUCUAUAUUGAAUGGUUCUCUUGAUUGAGCUCUUUUAUCACAAAACUACGAAAAUAUCAUAUUCAGCUAAAAAGUAUGUUUACAGUAUGAGGAUAUCCGAUGCUAUUUUCAAUUCAGGAAUAUGAAAACGGUGUAGAAAAUCAAGUGUCAGUUACUUCCUUUAACAGAAGGCUGUAUGUGCCUCAGAAUCGUCCAGGAUGGAGAUUGGCAAACAUGUAAACAAAUUCAUGUUUUUAGUCUUUUUUACUUUAUCUUUUGUGAACAUGUUAUCCCCAAACAAUCAAAAUAAUCUUUGUUGCCUUCUAAUGGUGUCAAAAGAUUUUUGUAGUAUCACUAAAACGAAUAGAAAUAAUUUGUCUUUCUUUAUUAAUUUCACUUGAAAGUUACAUUUUUAGGUCACCUGAGCUUUAGCUCAAGUGACCUAUUGCUAUCCGUUUUCAUCCGUCGCCG